CAAAAUGAAAGAAGCAAUCUGAUUGGUUGCUAGGGGCAAUUGGGUAACUGAUCCAUUGCACAGGUUUUGAUAAAUCUCCCCCUUAUACAUUUUUUCUGAAUUCAAGUGUCAUCUACCUUUUUUGCAGACACCCUAAUGUAUUAUAGUGAGGUACUGCAAGGGUAGGAGUGAAUAGGACUUUAGGGUGCGGCAGCAGAAACACUGCUGAUUUUCUACAGUGGAUCUUUUGAGAGUGGAUCAUAAGCACAUGAGCAGGGAGGAUGGCUCCUUUACUUGAAGUCAGACAUCAUAACCUUAGUUCUAUCACAUGAUGGGCCUGUAGACUUACAUAAAGAGGAGGAGGAGGGAUCCUGGGCACUGACGGCUAGUUCUCCCAGCUGGGACCUGUUGAGUCCCAUUUAAAUGCUGGUGCGCAGAUCCCUGAGCAGCUCAUUCACCUUCCAAGAUGCUGGCUGCAGUAGUGGAGGGGCUGGUGGUGCUCUGCCUGGUCUCAGGCAUUCAGGGAGGAAAACUGUUUCAGGAUGUCAUGGAGUUUGGAAGGGAUCCUGGCUCUAGAGGGCAAAGUAACCAUAUAGAUGGGUGGUCUCCUGAUACCAACUCCUGGGAUGAGAAACUCUACCCUGCCUGGAAGUCUGAUGAUGCCAGAUGGGAAAACUGCUGGAGAGAUGGUAAAGUAAAGGCGUUGUUGACCAGUGACAGCCCUGCGCUGAUAGGGUCAAAUAUCACUUUUGCUGUAACCCUGCAGUUUCCCAGAUGUCAAAAAGAAAAUGAGGAUGGAGACAUAGUGUAUGAAAGAGGGUGUGGAAAUUUCUCUUCCAGCAUCCCGGUCCAAUAUGUGUAUAACUGGACCAAGUGGGUAGAUGUGUGUGGUGAAGGAAACUGCAGUUUUGCCAACAAGUUUCCUGAUGGAAAACCAUUCCCACAUCACCCCAACUUGGGGCAAAGCAACUUCAUUUACAUCUUCUCAACUCAAGGCCAGUAUUACCAACAGAUUGGGAGACCUUCUGCUGUUCUGUCCAUAAAUACUACAAACAUCACAGCUGGCACACAAAUGAUUGAGGUCGCUGUAUACAGAAGAGGGGAUCAGGAACAUUACCCGGUUGCUAAAGCAAGUAGUAUCUAUGUUGUAACUGAUCAAAUUCCAUUUCAUGUGAACAUUUUCCAGGAGAAUGACAAGAAUUCCUCAGACAACAUCUUUAUAAAGGAUUCUCCAAUUGAAUUUAACAUCCAAAUCCAUGAUCCAAGCCACUACCUCAAUAAAUCUAAACUGACAUUUGACUGGGACUAUGGUGAUGGGAGUGGAUCAUUUGCUUCCAAAAACACAGUUUCCAGCCAUACAUAUACUCUGCUUGGAAAUUUCAGUGAUAACUUGGUCAUUAAAGUUGCCAUUCCUGGUCCAUGUAAACCUGUGACUCCUACUCCAAUCCCUACAACAAAUAUACAAACUACCACCAGCACCUUAACUACUGGUAACUCCACAGAGCUACAACUGUCUGAGAUGGAAAACUUUCCAUUAACUGAAAUGCCAAAUGUUACCACUACUCCUGCUGCUCCUGGCUGUUUUAUAUACAGAUAUGGACAUUACGGCACAAACAUCACAGUUGUAGAUGGAAUCCUUGAGGUUAAGAUUGUGGAAAUGACCAAUGUUGAAGUAUCUACAUCUCAGACUGGAAACUCCAUAAUUGACUUUGUGGUGACUUGCCAAGGAAGCCUGCCUACAGAUGCCUGCACCAUAGUCUCAGAUGCUAGUUGCAUGAUUCCCCAGGACAUUGUCUGUGACUCGGUUCCAUCUUCAGAUCAAUGCUUACUGACCCUAAGAAGAACCUUUCAGCCUGGAUCUUACUGCGUCAAUAUUACACUGAGUGAUAGUGCAAGUUUGGGCCUUGCUAGUACGCUGGUGACAGUAGAUGGUGGCUCUAAACCCCAAAGGACUCUUCCUUCAGUACUUAUUCCUCUAGCUUUGACUGCAGUUGCUGUGGUGGUUGGUUAUGUCCUGUACAAGAAAUACAAGGAAUACAAACCAAUAGCAAAUGCUUCAGAAGGAAGGGGUGGUCAAGGAAUCGCUGUGUACUUCAGUCAAGUCAAAGAUGCUCUCUUCAAAAGAAACAAUGAACAUGAUCCCCUUCUGAAAAAGGCUUCAAUAAUAUAAGCUUAAAUCUUGUAUGUCUACCACUUUAGAGGCCAAGCUGUAGUAGGAAUACAAGCAAAUAAAGGAAAUACUUUAUUUAAAUU